GCAUCUCUACACAGGUAAUUCAAUAUAUGUAUUGGUUAUUUUAUUUAGUGAUCAAUAUAAAACAGUACUGAUGAGGCCAUAGAGGUUUGUCUUGUGUAAAUGUGUUUUAUUUAUUUAUUUUGACUGAUUUAUCCUGCAGAUAACCACAGACGUGGGAUGUUUCUACAGAUGAACCAGGAUGGGAGAGUGAGUGGAAGUGAUGCUCGGAACGCUUACAGUGAGUAUUUGAUGUUUGAGCCUGAACCAAUCAGAAUGGAUGAUUUGAGGCCUGGAAAACUGAAGGAGUUUCUGUGGGUUCCAGGUGUGCUGCAGCUGAAAUCAGUGAAACCGGGUCAUGUGGUCAUCAGGGGACAGUCAUCCUCCUUGUUUCUCUGUGCGGACAGUGGAGGCCAUCUCAGGGGACAGAGUGUGUAUGAGGAGACCGACUGCUGCUUCAGAGAACUGCUGCUGGCUGAUGGAUACACCCGCUUCCUCAGCUCACACCRUGGGACCCCUGUGUCGCUGGCACCCAGGCAGACCCCAAGUCAAAACUCAGUCCCUUUCACCCGAUUUUUACCACUCAGGAAUACUUUAGAGGACAGCAUCUCCGAAGAGCCAAUGAAAAACCAGAGGAACUUCAACAUGGAUUCAGACGACCCUUUUGGAAUGGGGCUAAACUCAGUGGUUAGUCCUCAGUUAGUACUGGAGAAGUAAAGUACUGCUUUGCACAGAAAUGUCUUUUUUACCCAGAAACUUGAGGUUUGUUUUGUUGGUUCUCAGCACGUUUUUUAUGAAACCUUUUGUGUAUUGAUUUAAAUUAUUUAUUUAUGCUGUGUGCUGUGUUUUACUUAUUUAUUGGUUAUUAAAAGAGUUUUUAUUUUAGUUGUGUUAAUUGAUUUAAAUGACUUUUUUAUUCUCUUCGAAUGAACUGGAUGGUGCUGCAGUCUGCUCUCAUUAAUAAGUGAAUCUUUAGAAGUUUUGACUAAAAAUAAUAAUCAUUGUUUCAACAGAAACAUUAUGACAGGAAGGACAUCUAAGUUAAGUUUAGAACUAUUAAUAACAUGUUCUACAGUUGUGGAAAAUCACUGUGUAAAUUCGUUUGGGUGAUUUAGAAAAUUGACUGAACCUUUGAGGAGUUGUUUGGAUUCGCUAAUUUAUUUCUGUUUAAUUUAAAAGGUCUAUUUUUAAAUGUAUUAAAUAACUAAACUGAAUCCAUUUUUGCUUUAAAUAAAACCAAUGACUGUAACUUUGAAUGAAGAUAUUUAUUUGUACAGUAUUUAACUUGUC